CGCGAUGCAGUGUGGGAAUGGCUGUGGCGCUGGGGUUGGCUGAAAGAGGCGGCCAGUCGAGGUUUAAUGUCCGCCAUGUUGGCCGUGGCGUAUUGAGCGGAGCCGGAGCGGCGGAGGAGCGGAGCCAGCGCCCAGCCCAGCCGGCGCCGCCGGGCCCCGUGUCGGAGCGCGCCCCGCCCCGCCGGGGGAGCCGCGGUCUCUCCAUGAGAGCGCUCGGCGGGGUCCGGCUCUCAGCUCGGAGCGCUCUUGCUGUCGCCCCCCCCUCCCCAGCCGGAGCCGCCAUCGCCGCCUAACAUGAGCAAACUGUCGUUCCGGGCCCGGGCGCUGGACGCGUCCAAGCCGCUGCCCGUCUUCCGCUGCGAGGACCUGCCCGACUUGGCCGAAUAUGCCUCCAUUAACCGGGCCGUGCCGCAGAUGCCCACGGGCAUGGAGAAGGAAGAGGAGUCGGAACAUCAUCUCCAACGGGCUAUCUCAGCACAACAAGUAUAUGGAGAGAAGAGGGAUAACAUGGUUAUACCAGUCCCAGAAGCAGAAAGUAAUAUUGCAUACUAUGAAUCUAUAUAUCCUGGAGAAUUCAAAAUGCCAAAGCAGCUGAUUCACAUACAGCCUUUUAGUUUGGACGCUGAGCAGCCGGAUUAUGACAUGGAUUCAGAAGAUGAGGUCUUUGUCAAUAAGUUGAAGAAAAGAAUGGAUAUUUCUCCUUUGCAAUUUGAAGAGAUGAUAGACCGACUAGAAAAGGGCAGCGGUCAGCAGCCAGUCAGCCUGCAAGAGGCCAAACUGUUGCUGAAAGAAGAUGAUGAAUUGAUCAGAGAAGUAUACGAGUACUGGAUUAAAAAGAGGAAAAACUGUCGAGGUCCCUCUCUUAUCCCAGCAGUGAAACAAGAGAAGCGAGAUGGCUCCAGCACAAAUGAUCCUUAUGUUGCUUUUAGAAGACGAACAGAAAAGAUGCAGACAAGGAAAAAUCGAAAAAAUGAUGAAGCAUCUUACGAGAAAAUGCUUAAACUGCGUCGAGAUCUAAGUCGUGCAGUAACCAUCCUGGAGAUGAUCAAGAGAAGGGAAAAAAGCAAGAGGGAGUUGCUGCAUUUAACACUGGAAAUUAUCGAAAAGAGGUAUAAUUUGGGUGAUUACAGUGGAGAGAUCGUGUCUGAGGUCAUGGCACAGCGGCAGCCAAUGAAACCUACCUAUGCUAUUCCCAUCAUUCCUGUGACUAACAGCAGUCCUUUCAAACAUCAAGAAACUAUGGAACUGAAAGAAUAUAAAGUUAAACAGGAUAAAUCUGAUGUUAUUCGACCCAAAAGAAAGUAUGAGAAGAAGCCAAAAGUCUUACCUUCGUCUGCUGCUGCUACUCCUCAACAGACGAGUCCUGCUGCACUGCCAGUCUUUAAUGCUAAAGAUCUGAAUCAGUAUGAUUUCCCUAGCUCGGAUGAAGAACCACUCUCCCAGGUUUUGUCUGGUUCUUCGGAGGCUGAGGAGGAGAACGAUCCCGAUGGUCCUUUUGCCUUCCGUCGGAAAGCAGGCUGUCAGUACUAUGCUCCUCAUUUAGACCAACCUGGCAACUGGCCAUGGAGUAGCCCUAAAGAGGGAAGAUUAGGAGAUGUGCGUUACAGAUACUGCUUAACCACUCUGACAGUACCCCAGAGGUGCAUUGGGCUUGCACGAAGGCGGAUCGGCCGUGGCGGAAGGGUGCUACUAGACAGAGCGCAUUCGGACUACGAUAAUACAUUUCAUCAGCUGGAUUUGGAAAUGCUUUCCUCAUCACAACACUCUUCAAUCAGUCAAUUUGCCAAUACCUCAGAAACAAAUACCUCGGACAAAUCUUUCUCGAAAGACCUCAGUCAGAUCCUAGUCAAUAUCAAAUCAUGUAGAUGGCGGCAUUUUAGGCCUCGGACACCAUCCCUACAUGACAGUGACAAUGACGAACUCUCCUGUAGGAAACUAUACAGGGGUAUAAAUCGAACAGGCACAGCACAACCUGGGACCCAGACAUGCAGUACCUCUAUACAAAGUAAAAGUAGCAGUGGUUCAGCACAUUUUGCAUUUACAGCCGAACAAUACCAGCAACAUCAGCAACAACUGGCACUAAUGCAGAAACAGCAGCUUGCACAAAUUCAUCAACAGCAAGCAAAUAGUAAUUCCUCUGCCAACACAUCACAGAACCUUGAAACUAACCAACAGGAAAGUGGCUUUCGCCUGAAUCUACAUCAUAGCCAUUCUGUAAAGUGUUUAGAAGGGACACUGCAGGGUUUUGUUUCCAAGACACUGGAUUCUGUUAGUGCUCAAUUCGCUGCUUCAGCUUUGGUUACAUCAGAACAACUGAUGGGAUUCAAAAUGAAGGAUGAUGUGGUGCUUGGAAUUGGGGUGAAUGGCAUUCUUCAAGCCUCAGGAGUAUACAAGGGCUUACACCUCAGUAGUACUACACCUACAGCACUUGUCCAUACAAGUUCAUCAUCAACAGCAGGUUCAGCCUUGCUACAGCCUUCAAAUAUAACGCAGACUUCAA